UAACAAAGCGCCAAAAUUCAACCGCGCUCAAACGUUUCCGGUAAUUUUGACAAUACACACGGACAGGGCGCAUACAAGUUUUAAGACGUUAGGCUAUUUUAAAAUGUCUCGUACUCCGAAAAGAGCUUGUUCCAGUCCUCUGAACGACAGCCUGGAGAAAAGAUUAAAACGGGUUUCUAUUGAGGGAAACAUCGCGGCGGGAAAGUCGACGUUCGUGCGUCUCCUGGAGCAGCAUGAUAAAGAGUGGGAGGUAGUGCCCGAGCCCAUCGCUAGGUGGUGCAAUGUACAGACCCAACAUGGAGAAUUUGAGGAGCUCACUACAUCUCAAAAGAGUGGAGGAAAUGUUUUGCAGAUGAUGUAUGAGAAGCCGGAACGCUGGGCUUACACCUUUCAGAGCUACGCGUGCAUGAGCCGCGUCCGCGCACAAAUCAACUCGGCCAGCGGAAAACUUCGCCAUGCUGAGAACCCUGUGCAGUUCUUCGAGAGAUCUGUAUACAGUGACAGGUACAUCUUUGCAGCGAACCUGUAUGAGAGUGAGUGUUUAAAUGAGACUGAGUGGGCCAUUUAUCAGGACUGGCACAGUUGGCUGCAUAAACAAUUCGGUCAGCACGUUGAGCUGGAUGGCAUCAUAUACCUGCGGGCCAAACCAGAGAGGUGUUUGGAGAGGUUGCAUUUGAGAGGCAGAGAGGAGGAGCAAGGGAUUCCACUGGAGUAUCUGGAAAAGCUUCAUUACAAGCAUGAAUGUUGGCUGCAGCACAGGACCCUGAGUAUGGACUUUGACUAUCUUUGUGAAGUUCCUGUUCUCACUCUGGACGUCGACGAUGACUUUAAAAGCGAUAAAUACAAAUGUGCGGACAUGAUUGAAAAGGUGAAAGACUUCCUCAACACUCUUUGAACUGGAUGUGUCUGUUUGUGUUUGUUUGUGUCUGUGUGUUUUUUAAAUAAAAUUAUUUGAAUUAAAUUAGUAGGAUUGAGUGAUGUCCUUGUUGCACUCUGAUCAUCUCUGUGUUAAGAAUCAAGUUUUAAGCUGUACUAGGGUGCCUUUAAGAUGGUGAGUUUGUCAUUAGUUCUUUAUGCCUGUGUUCUGCCCCCUAAAUGUACAGUUAUGUCUACCCCAUCAUAUUCCAUAAAUGGACAAUUAACAUAAAUUC